AAGAAGUACACGAUCUACAUAAACCACAUUAUUAUAAUUUCAGCGCAAAAGAGAAACAAACAAUCUUUAUUACGGAAAAAACAAAGCAGUAUACACGAAGAAAACCCGCUCUGUGACGACACACAAGACUGCACAGUGCUGAUCCAGGCAGGGAUUGACGGAGCGACUUAGAGGAAAGGGGUGGAAUAUGUCUUCCAAUACUACCAAGUCUCCAACAGAUGGAAUUCGUAAACGAAAAACCUUCGCCGGUGUCAUGACCCGUUUCGCCGGAAAGACAUCAAUGCAAGGUCCCUCCUAUAUUCUUUCGGCCAGAUUGCGAGGUGCUAAAAUAGUGUGGACGAUAUUACUGGUGCUAGCCCUAGUGGCCAUGGCAUUUCAUCUGUAUUAUUUGUGUCACCAGUACUUCUCCUGGCCUAAACAGACAUCCGUGGAACUGGGCUUCAAGAAUCUACAGAUGCCCGCUUUAACUUUCUGUAAUGUAAAUCCGGUGAGAAAUUCCGAGAUCAUGGGUUUAAGUGACAGCGACCCUCUCAGAGCUUUGGUCGAUGCAGUCGACCCCUCUGACCUAGAUCCCCGUUUAACAGACGCAUAUAAAGGGAUCAGUAGCACAAACACGCAGCCCCAAGGCAAGAGGAAGAAACGUUUCACCAACUCCCUAGAGGAGCUGAACUUAACAUCAAGUAAAAACAAGCCCCUUGACGGCGUGACGGCUCUGGAACGUGAAUUUGAACGGUUAUAUAUGCAGGAGAACAGGGACACUCGCAUUGCUCUAGGUCAUUCUAUUGAGGACAUGCUUAUCUACUGUUCCUACAAGGGACAAAGCUGCUUUUCCACAAACUUCACCUUAUUCAACACCCCUCAGUAUGGAAACUGUUAUACAAUAGAAUCCACCGAUUUUAUCAGUAAAGACUCUGGGCCUUCACACAGCUUGAAGCUAGUCCUGGAUGUAAACUAUCGGGAUUAUCUGAAAGGGAUCACUCAAGGUUACGGACUCCGGGUGGAUAUCCAUUCCCCGGGAACUAUCCCCGACCCUCACAGAAAUGGCUUCUACAUCUCCACGGCGUUUGAAACAGAUAUAAGUUUAGAAGUGUUAGACAUCAAUAGAAUUGGCUAUCCGUAUGGCACGUGUGAUCUAGGAACGUCGUUUCAACAGAAGUACAAAAGAAAAUACACAAGAAAGGCCUGUCAGAACCUGUGUCAACAGGAAACCUUGCUCACAGACUGUGGGUGCUAUGACAUGAACCAGCAAGAGAUUUUCUACAUAGCUGGCAUCACCGAUAAGGAAGUGUGCAACACUACUGCAGAACUCGCAUGCCAACAUUCAGUCUAUCAAAAACUUGCGGAUAAAAUCAUCCCAUGUAAAUGUGAACAAGAAUGCAGGGAGGUCCACUACAAGCGUGGCGUCAGUACCCGCCAAUGGCCGACACGGGACUACGCGACAGUGCUAGUGCAAAGUAUAUGUGAAGAUCCACGUAAGGUUCAGGAUUGUCAGCAUUUAGCUAACAUAACAGACAAAGCCGAGUUAAGGGAAAACUUCAUCAAACUGGUGGUUUAUUUUGAGGAACUUAACUACGAAAAGAUAAUGGAGAGUCCAGCAAUUGAGGUUGCUCAAUUUGCGUCUGAUUUUGGAGGAGCCAUCGGACUGUGGAUAGGCUUAUCGUUGUUGAGUAUUUUUGAAAUCGUCCAACUUCUAGUAGAGAUUUGUGACUGGGGUUGCUACAACUGUAUUGAGAGAGAGUAGCCCGUCAAACGUGACCGCAGAAGUCAGCACCAUAAACACAACGAUAGGCAUACGUUUGUACCGUAUACCUUUGGUGAAGGAAGGCAAAAUGGAAGACGCUAUCUCGACCACCAACAAACCCCGUAUAUAUAUUCAUAUACUAUUGAAGGAGAACGGAAGAAGUCACUGUUAAUUACCGGUACUCCUAACAUUAAUGCCAUAACAUUGUAUUCGCUACCAUAUCAAACUCACCCGUCGAUUGGCCAUCCUCGAUAGCCAGGGGUUACGCUCACUUUCGCUCUCUACAUCCUAAAUACUGACAAUAAAGGAGAGG